AGUGCAAAGUCAAGUUGACCGCGAACUUACAUUUAUUUAAUUUGUAGUAUCAGUUGUUUAUUUCAUGAAUUAAAGUAAUAACUAGAGCCAUGUCUUGGUUAUUUGGUUAUAGUACAAAGCCACCUCAACCUCCAUCUGAUGAUCCUCCUGCCGAUAGCGGCGGAGCUGCUCCUCCUGUAACUCUUUCGAAAUCUGAGAAAAGGGCAAUGGAGGCUUACCGUUUUGAUUCAAGUGCUUUAGAAAGAGCUGCCCAAGCAGCGAAAGAAUUGGAAAGAUCUAGACAUGCAAAAGAAGCUUUGGAGCUUAGCAAAUUGCAAGAGGCAACAAAGCAACAGGAGCAAAUGGCUAAAAUCAAAGAAUAUGAAGCUGCGAUAGAACAAGCCAAAAUAGAUCAGAAAAAAAUUGAUUAUGAAGAAAGACGCAAAACACUCCAAGAAGAGACAAAACAGCAUCAAAUGCGUGCUCAAUAUCAAGAUCAGUUAGCUAAAAAGAGAUAUGAGGAGCAGUUGGUCCAACAACAAAGGUCACAAGAAGAAAUUCUCAGAAAGCAAGAAGAAAGUGUGGCUAAACAGGAGGCAUUAAGACGAGCAACAAUUGAACAUGAGAUGGAACUACGUGAAAAGAACAAACUUAAAACAAUAGAGGCUGAAGCAAGAGCUCGUGCGAAAGCUGAAAGAGAAAACCGUGAUAUAACCCUUGAACAAAUGAGGUUGAAGGCAGCUGAGAAUAGGCAAACUAUACUGGAAAGCAUAAAAACUGCAGGCAGUGUUAUUGGAACUGGUCUGAAUGCUCUUGUUACGGAUUGGGACAAAACACUAGCAGCUGCUGGUGGCUUGUCAUUACUUGCACUUGGUGUUUAUACUGCAAAGGGGGCUACUUCAGUAGCUGCAAGAUUCAUAGAAGCUCGUAUUGGAAAACCAACACUUGUUAAUGAGACGUCAAGAUUCUCAUUGUUGGAAGCGGUUAAACAUCCAAUACUAACAGUAGCAAAGGCUGUUUCUAGUUUCAAAAAACCAACAGAUGCUUUGACGGGUGUUGUUCUUGCACCUACACUAGAAAGAAGACUGAGAGAUAUUGCUAUUGCUACUAAAAAUACACGUUUGAAUAAAGGGUUUUACCGAAAUUUGCUAAUGUAUGGACCUCCUGGCACUGGUAAAACACUAUUUUCAAAGAAACUAGCUAAACAUUCAGGUAUGGAGUAUGCAAUUUUGACUGGAGGUGAUGUUGCUCCAAUGGGAAAAGAUGCUGUUGCUGCUAUUCAUAAAGUUUUUGAUUGGGCGAAUACUAGUCGCAAAGGUGUCCUCCUAUUCAUUGAUGAAGCAGAUGCAUUUUUGAGAAAACGUUCAUCAGAAAGGAUUAGUGAAGAUUUGAGAGCAGCACUUAAUGCUUUUCUUUAUCGUACAUCUGACCAAAGUAAUAGAAUUAUGUUAGUGCUCGCCUCCAACACCCCUCAACAGUUUGACUCUGCUAUAAAUGACCGUCUUGAUAAGAUGAUCGAGUUUGGACUACCAGGUCUUGAAGAAAGAGAACGUUUGAUCCGCCUAUAUUUUGAUACAUUUGUUUUGAAGCCAGCUUCAGAAGGAAAACGGCGAUUGAGUGUAGAUCAGUUUGACUAUGGGGCACUGUGUUCAAAGUUGGCUGCACGCACAGCAGGUAUGUCUGGCCGAGCACUCUCCAAGCUUGGUGUCGCAUGGCAGGCCGCUGCUUAUGCUUCAGAUGAUGGUCGUCUUACUGAACAAAUGUGCAUAGAAAUCUGCGAUGAUGCCGUCAGUGACCAUCGUCAGAAGAUGGAAUGGUUAUCUACAGAAGAAAAGUCGCGGAGUAUGAUGCCAUAUCUUUUGGACUUGCCACCUUUGGAUCAACAGGAAGACAAUGUGCCAAAAGCAACAAUUACCGAAUUGCCAGAUGAAGAUGGUAAUGCGAAAAACGAGACUGCACGACCCACAAAGAAAUCUGCCAAUAAAGACAAUGACAUGGAUAAGUGACACCUCGAAAUAAAUGAUCCACCUAAAGCAGACACUGUAUCUUCCAAUAGAAGCUGUAAAAGUAACAGUGAUAACAGCAAAAAGAUUGUGUAUGACUUCACAAUUUCAAAACAUCAAAAAUUUAUAGCGUUAACAGACCGCGACAUGGACAUAUUGAAGACUAUAUCACAAAAAAUUAAAUCUAAUAUUUAAUGUUUUAACUAAAGUGAUAUUAUUAUAAUUAGGUAGUGUAGAUCAGUG